AUGGAUAAAGCUACGCAUGCUUCUCAAAGGGAAUCUUUACUAAGACCUGCGCCCCUAAUAUUUGAGCCGCCUCUUCGAGACGAUGACUUGUGGGGGAAAGUCAAUACGCGGAUUCGUCAAAUCCGACGCAGUAGGAGCCACCCUGGAGCGCACCGCGUGAAACUUUUACGGUCCGACAAACGUCCGGCCAGAAUUGCCCCUACUCAAGCGUUGUAUGCCGGGAAUGCGAGUGUCGCAUCGUCUGCCAGUGUUAAAUCAUCUGUGAGCGCUGCGAAUUCCAGCAGCGCUGGGCCGUCUACGACUGCUGGAUCGUCCCCACUUUGCACAAGCGGGUGA